AUGUCGCGGAAAAAAGUCUCCAAAAAACGAGCAGCGGUCAAAAAGUCCCGACCAGCUCGACGACAGACCACCAUUCUGGGAUCUCCGCGGACCAAACUCACGCGAAAGGCGGGCAUCUCCAAGCGCAAAGAUCGCAGCAAGAACCCCAAACGUGAGGUCGCUCGGCAAACUUUGAAGUAUACCAAAUUAGGGAUUCUCCCGCCUUCAACGAAGCCAUUUGAAGAGAAUUGCUUCAAACAAAUGCCCAUGCCGGAAGAGUAUGUCUUCGUGCCCAAGGGAGACGUCUAUGUCACUCGGCAUUGUCGCAGCAAGACCAAGGAGUCUGAACGGACUGUAUAUGUUGUCUAUGAAAACGAUGGAAAAUACCCCCUUGGUCUGCGCGUCCCUUCCGACAUUCACUCCGCCGUCCUGGAGUCCGCCGCUGCAACGGCCGAUUCCCGCGCCAGCGCCGUCAAGCUGCGUGACGAGAAAGAGCUGGCGCACUCGCGCAAGAUCCUGCGUAGCGAAUUUCCGCUGAUGCCGGUCGAGUCUCUCGACACCGUUCUGGAUCAUGCGUUUUGCAAAGGCUCGGGUCGGGUAGGCCGUACGUCGCAAAUCGAGGAUGAAAGCAAAGCUGCCAUGGCGGUCGAGGCGCAUAUUCGACACACCCAUACGCCGUACGAGGAAAUGCUGCGUGCGGGUACGAACCGCGACGUUGCGCGGCGACAGGUCUGGGACAAGGUCCAUACGAUUAUGGAGGCUUGGCAGGGGCGCGGCAAACAGCAGUCGACGAGCGCUCUGACUCUGCGGAGCCGGAAGGCGAAAUAA